UUUGGGCAACUGACAUUAUCGACGUAUCUGCGACAUGAAGGACCUGUCGCUCUUGAUACAUGGGCACAUGAUGAUGCCUUCGGAGAUUUGCGGGUACAAUGCCUCAAGGUUCUCGGGUGCUUGGCUUAGACUGACCAACAAAAAACGACUGUCUGCGAUACCACAGAGGGCAUCUCUUGCGAUUGUAUUAGAGGGGAAAAUCUUGAUCAGCUAAGGUGUUCAGUUGACACGAGCAAAGACAGUUAAGGGACACCGCAGCACUCGCUUGGCUCAUAAAAUCGACUCCCCGGUCUAUCUU